AUGUGGUUCCUCCUAUUCCUACUGUGCCAACAAUUAGCAGAUGCAGCCCUUACGUUUGUUUCUAUUACCCCAGCGUCUUUAGAUGCUGGUGUCACGGGUACAGUGGAUGUGGCCUUCACAAUGGAUACUACUAUUCCAGUUGGUGGGGUGAUCGAGGUGGUAUUUCCCACCACGUUCCACGUGGACUCUUCGUCUGUGCUUUCAAAUCCAAUGGGCUUCGAUCCAUCCAGUACACUAGCAGUGACAACUGCUACUGGUAUGGUAAUAAUUACAAUUGCAACGACGGAUGCUUUAGCUGGAGGUGUCUCCUUCACACUUGACAGUAUUUCAAAUCCAGGUUUGGGUCUGUCAUCAAACUACUGGAUUCGUACCAAAAGUGCUAGCGGAACGAUCCUCGAGUCAACUCCAGUGGUCGGCUCCACAUUCAGUUCAUGGACCAUGUCCCACGCUGCAACGGUGACCGCCGCUUCACAACUUGCUGGCAGGAAAACAUCGUACACGGUGACAUGGACAACUGAUAUCGUGCUACGUGUUGGAAGCGAAGUUGGAAUCAAAUUUCCUGUUCUCAGCGAUAGCACGAUCGAUAUCACGGGUGCAACUCUUGCCGGGUUGGUAGGCAUCGAUGCAGCUUCGACAGAGUUGCGAGUUUCAUCUCCGUAUUUGAUUCUAGCAAUUGCUGGUCAAGACAUUGCUGCAGGUGACACUGUUUCGAUUACUUACAGCAAUAUAAUCAACGCAGCAGCUCGAUCAAUACCACCUUUCUACGUUGAUACGCGAUAUCAGACUGGAGCCAUUUUCCAAGUCAGUUCUGCAACAAACACUCUGAGCUUUACAAGCACCACCCUUCCAUCAGCGACGAUAACUCCUGUAUCGCAUUGGGCUGGCGUUGCGACGACUUACAACGUUGUAUUUGCCAAUCUUGCCUAUUUGCCUUCUGGAAGUCGAGUGGAGGUGACGUUUCCAUCUCGCUUCGAAAUUAGCGGCACUACUAUGAGCUACACCUUAAAUCUACCCACAGUAAAUACACUUUUCUCGCUUUCAGGCGCAGAUACUGCAAAAAUCACACUAGGGAAUACUGUGAUGCCUGGAGUUGGACGCACAAUUUCGCUCGAAAAUAUUAUAAAUCCCGGUACUUCUUGCGAUCAAUUCAUUGUAGAAUACUGCCUGGCAACAUGGGAAUCGUACACAUUGAGCAUUCGCGACAGUGGUGGCAACGUAUUUGAAGCCUCGACCACAAUUACAGGUACACCGAUUGUCAAGAAACCACUUUUGUAUGGCCGUAUACGUCCAUUUCUAAAGACCCCAAACACCCUUACAACAGCAACUGUGACGCUUGACACUGCGACGAUAACUCCUUUAGGCGGCUAUAUUGAAGUGGAGUUUCCGAGCGAUUAUAGUGUUGGCGUUGGUACAAUCACGGCGAGCUCUUUAAUCAAUAUUCCUGUCACUUCCAGCGUUGUAUCGUCCACAUCAAGGUCAGUCAAGUUACAGAUUGCAGAUGCAAACAUCGCAGCAACCACUGGAAUUUCAUUUACAGUUAACAAAAUUACAACACCUUCGAAUCACGCUGUCGGAACUUUUGCCAUUCGCACUCAAGACGCAGCAGGCAAUACGAUUGAAGAGAGCAACUUUAUAGGUGGAGAGGGGUGCCUGUACUUGAAUGACUGCAAUGGUCAUGGCACGUGCACCUUGCUUUCAAAGACUUGCAUUUGCGAAACGGGCUGGAGUGCGCCAACGGACGUAGCAGACUACAAGUCACCAGACUGUUCGACCCGUGUUUGCCCGUCAAAUUAUGCUUGGAGUUCCAUACCUUCGGGCACCACGGUAGCUCAUGAUAUCCUCGUUGAGUGCUCCGGCAUGGGCAUUUGUGAUCGGCGUGCUGGCACGUGCACGUGCUUUCCCGGUUUCGAAGGAUCCGCGUGUGAAAGAAUGGGAUGUCCAAACGACUGCUCUCACCGAGGAACUUGCCUUAGCAUGCGCGAUAUGGCGGCCGCUAAAAAUGCCAAUCCAAUUUCUUCGCCAACAACGUACGACAACGAUCCCUUCUCUAGCAGCUGGGAUUCCGACAGAAUUUAUGGAUGCGUUUGUGAUUCGAGUUGGGCUGUCGGGACGGCGAGUGGUGAACUGCAAGCUACAGAAUACUUUGGGGCUGACUGCUCAAAUCGGCACUGCCCCAUUGGCGACGACCCUGACACGGCUGUAGAUGAAACAGAUUGUCAGGGUAAAACGGUGCCAGGAGGUAAUGCUGUCGGUCUUCCUGGGAAUAAAUGUCUUGUUGAGUGCUCCAAUCGCGGGGUUUGCGACUACAAAGCAGGCACUUGCAUCUGUUUCCAAGGAUAUACGGGAUUUGCCUGUCAAACACGUGACACUCUUGCCAAUUAA